AUGGGCAAUCAGAAUAGUAUUCAACAAAAUAUGCAAAUUAUUGACGAACAAAAUCAACCUUUUAUUAUUGAUUUAGAUGAAAUUGUUGAACAAUGGAUUUGGCAUACAUGGAAGAAAACAAAAUUAUUAUCUCGAUAUAAACGCGAAGAUCUUCUCAUAACAAUUAAUUGGAAAAAUGUUACAUUUACACAAAAUAAUAUCGAUUUUUCUGAUAUAUCAUCUUCAUAUUUUCCUCGAAUACUUAAUCGAACAAAUUUUGAUAAUAAAACAACAAAUGAACAUUUAUAUAAUUUUGAAAUAAAACGAUCAACAUAUUCAACAUUGAAAAUUUUAUUUACUCAUACUUUACAUAAAACACAAGAAUCAAAUAUGAUUUUUCAUUUACCUCAACAAAUUAAACAAUUCUAUAAUGAUCUACAAACUGAACAAUCAAUUCAAUUUGGACAGGAUACUACAAAAGAAUAUGAAAUUCCUUGGAAUUUGAAUAGUCAAAUACGUGUACCAUCUGCGACUCGUAUUAUUGCAAAUUUAAAUAUUGAUGAAGAAGAAAUAUCUACUAAAUUUUGUCUAUUGAUUCAAUUUUCUGGUCGUAUUAUAGCAACUAUUGCAACUCGUCAAUCACCUAAUAUAUGUUUAAAAUUUAUUGUUGGUGAUAUCGUUCAAAUAAUAUGUAAAGCAAUGAAAACAAAUCAUCGAUUGAAUACUUUUAAAAUUAUUGAAAAUAAUCCUCCUUCAAUAGGUUUUCUAAUGCGUGGUAAAUGUUCAUUUCGAUAUGGUAUUAAACAAAAUAUUGUACUUAAUCAAGAAUCGUUAGAAUUAUCAUCAUCAUCAACAUCGUCUUGUUCUGAUUUUGAUAUUAAACCAUCGGCUCCUUCUGAAUACCCUCAUUUAAUAUCAACAGAUAGUAGUUUAAUCGAUUCUAAUUUAAAAAAUCGUGAACGUUUAUAA